AUGGUAGAGCACCAGCUCAAGUCCAAGCGCGAGGUACAAUUACACUCGCAUGACUUUGAAUGGGAGGACCUUGCAAGGAAGUGCCGGAUUCAGGAAGAAGAAAACGUUGAUGAUAAGGAGAAAAAAUACCUUUGCGAGACACAACAGCUGACGAAAGAGGCCAAGGAUAAGUGGGACGCUUUUCACCAGCGUAAUAAUGGUAAAGUCUACAAGCCUCGGAAUUACAUCGUCAAGGAAUUCCCGGAACUCUGUACAUCAGAACGUGAAGUAGUAGAAGUUCUAGAGCUUGGAUGUGGCUAUGGCAGCGCGAUCUUCCCCAUUCUAGCUCAAUGUCCCAAUGUGCAUGCACAAGUUUGUGAUUUUAGUGCAUUUGCCAUCAACAUUCUCCAGCAUAAUCCAGAGUAUGAUGCCACGCGAUGUCGCGCUUUCGUGUGCGAUAUCGCUCAGGAGGAGCUCGUGGGUGUAGCACCCGAAUCCAUCGAUAUUGUGCUCAUGGUGUUCGUGCUGUCAGCCUUGCCACCGGAAUCGUUUGCAUGUGCUCUAAAAAAGAUUUUUGCAGCGUUGCGGCCUGGUGGGAUUGUCUGUUUUCGUGACUAUGGACUGUACGACCUCGCGAUGCGACGCAACGUCAAAAAGUUGGCACCGAGCCUGUAUUAUCGCAGCGAUGGAACCUUAGCUUCCUUUUUCUCACGUGAAGAACUGGCAUUGCUGUUUGAACAAGCAGGAUUUUGCACGGUGGAGAAUGAAUACUGCACCGUUCGACUACGCAAUCGAAAGAAGGGAGUCAUGAUGGAUCGUGUCUGGCUGCAUGCCAAGUUUAAAAAAACCAACGAGCAGGAAGAGACAUAG